AUGACUCAGCCCGAACUUUCGGAGGACAGCCAUUCCGGCUACGCAGGCAUCUCGAGCGGUUGUUCAGCGGACUGGCCGUACUCGAACAUCGAUCCCGGGAUCACGAUAGACGAUCUGGAGACGGCGUCGCGAGGAAUCGUAGAGGCGAACCUCACGUUGCUGGAAGGCGGUAGGGGCGACAUGGUGGUCACGCAAACGAUCACAAUGGCGAGUCCCAUAUCAGCAGACGACCUUCCAAGCGUUGACAUAGCGGUCUACUGCACCCCCCUGGAGUUCAACAGCUUUGCACGGAGCUAUGUCGACGGUGUAAGGCUCUACACACCAGUCACCUAUCCUCGACCCCCUGAAGCGGAAGGAGGAGACGGCAAACGUGGAAGCACCCAGACUCUCGCGCUUAUGGUCAACGACAACGGUUUCAUCACCGAGUGCCAGGGGGCGAACUUUAUGUUCGUGGUGGACGGUAGGAUUAAGCUACCGGACCGCAGAAACGUGCUUCCAGGAGUAAGUAUGCACACCGUCCUGGAGCUGGCGGGAACGCUCGGGAUAGGUGUGGACGAGGGUCUGUACAGUCCGUCACUGAUCUAUGGAGCAGACGAGGCGUUCGUGUCCAGCACCCGCUACUGUAUGCUUCCCGUGGCUACCCUGAAACGGAUUCCGAGUAGGGCGAUCGACGCCCGGCCAGGUCACCGAAAGACUAUUGUCGGCGUGGAAAGACAUGGUCGGCAUGGACUUCGUCCAGCAGGCUCUCAGCUUGCUUUCCUGGGAUGA